CACAUCGCCAAUCUGGCUGGUAACAAGAAUUUGGUACUGCCUGUGCCUUCAUUCAAUGUUAUCAAUGGAGGCUCACAUGCAGGAAAUAAGCUAGCAAUGCAGGAGUUUAUGAUUCUCCCUGUCGGGGCAUCUUCCUUCAAAGAAGCAAUGAAAAUGGGUGUAGAAGUGUACCAUCAUCUUAAGGCGGUGAUUAAAAAGAAGUACGGACAGGAUGCUACCAACGUUGGUGAUGAAGGUGGCUUUGCUCCUAAUAUCCAGGAAAACAAAGAAGGUCUCGAGCUUCUGAAGACUGCCAUUGCCAAAGCUGGUUACACUGGAAAGGUUGUAAUUGGGAUGGACGUUGCUGCUUCAGAAUUUUAUGGCAGCAAGGACAAAACAUAUGACUUGAAUUUUAAGGAAGAGAACAAUGAUGGAUCACAAAAAAUCUCAGGAGACAGCUUGAAGAAUGUGUACAAAUCAUAUGUGACAGAUUAUCCAAUUGUGUCCAUUGAGGAUCCAUUUGACCAGGAUGACUGGGAGCACUAUGCAAAAUUAACGGCUGAAGUUGGUCAGCAGGUGCAAAUUGUUGGUGAUGAUCUCCUUGUCACCAAUCCAAAGCGUGUGGAGAAAGCAAUUCAGGAGAAGGCUUGCAAUGCCCUUCUGUUGAAGGUGAAUCAAAUUGGUAGUGUAACUGAAAGUAUUGAAGCUGUGAGAAUGUCUAAAAGUGCUGGUUGGGGUGUCAUGACUAGCCACAGGAGGUACUUGAUGUCUAAAAAAGUUUCAUUGUUUUUCUUUAUCCCCUUGUAUCCAUUUGUUCUGUUUUCCGACAUUGUAUUAUUCUUUGCAUGUGCUUACUAAUG